ACGACCUACAUAUAAAGCUGGCUAGGAGAGUUAUUUAAGUUAACUGUUCAAUCAAGAGUCAGAUCUUCCCAUAGUCGAAAGCAGAAGUGCGUACGCCCCAAGAAGUUCUAAGUAGAUCAGAAUACAAGGAAAAGAAAAACAGUCCAAUAACUGAGCAUAACACAGGUAUUGUAUAGAAAUGCAAAAUGGGAUUCUUCGACACUAUCAGUAAACUGGGACGCUCGCUGGCUCGUGGUAGUGGGGACUUCUUUCUACGUCUUAAUUACAUUUACACCCCAAUAUUUCUGGCAGUUUUAUCGCUGCUCAGUCUCCUCUUGAUCCUCGUGUACGUACCAGUGCCACCUACUGUCACCUCCUCGUGUUGGACACCUGCCGAGUUUACAGAAGCACACGUCAACUACGCAAAAGCAGUGUGUGCGCCCGACGGACCUGGACAGAAAUACGAAUGGCUAGAACCUGGUGAUAUGAGACAGCCUAACAAAACUGAAAUAACAAUCCCUGAAACCCCUCGUCUUAACCAUCGCAUGCCGCUAUGGUUUCUCUUUCAAGCUAUACUUUUCAUCGUCCCGAUUUUUUUCUGGAAAGCAGCCAUUGGUCGAACUGGUAUCAGUGUAAAUGACGUCACCCAUGACUCGAAUGAGAAAAUGGUGGAGAAAUUCGUGCGUCAAUUCGACCAAUAUUUUGGCAAUUUGAAGAGGAAACGAGCAAACUUUCCCUGCGCCCCUUUAGACAAUUUGUGUCUUCACAUCAACAAGUUCUUUGGGUUUUAUCUCAUCCUUGUUUUCAUCGUGUUGAAAAUCUGGUACAUUUACAACAUCACUUUACAGUUUAAUGUGAUGUCCAUUGCGUUGGGGCGGGAAGUUGGACCGUCAACCAUUCUGUUCAAGAACAUGACGGUGAAUACUGUCCCGGAACGGAUCUUAGAAAAUGCUAACAGUACCACCCGCACAACAACAGAUACAACCAACAGUCCGAUUUACUUGUGUGAUUUCUACACCCGUAGAUUAGGUAACGUUCACACCUUCAGAGUCCAAUGCUAUGCAAAGAUACAGGCUGGAUCCUCACCAAGUCCGUUGAUGGACGAUCUGUACAAAAUUCUUGUCGUGUGGCUAUCAUUUCUGUUUGUCGCCAACAUUUACAGCUUUCUGUCCUUCUUGUUGACAGUCUGUCGCGCACACGUUCCGAUCAAGCACCAGCUUCUCUUGGCCAGACUCCAGCCGGAGGAACACCAGCGACAGCUAGCAGAUGAGUUUGUGGACUCUUACUUGACACAAGAUGGUGCUUUUCUCCUUGGAAUGAUUGACAAGAACACAAACAAAGGUGUCGCCACGGAUAUCCUGGAGGCUUUGUGGGAACGUUAUCUUACCAAGAAACACGAAGGCGAUGUAUCCGAGAGUGCUAAAAUAUACCCAAAUUUACAACAGGUUUAAACAAAAAGGAAACAAAAAUAAUUAUAUGUCUUGACAUUUAA